GGGAUUUUUGCAAAGAUGUCGCCGAAGCCUCAAGAAUCGUCUCCAGCUGAAAAUCUGGUGUUGACGGACGGAGGGAAAGUCGUCAUCAGUGGAAUAUCCGGGCUGUACCCGCAGUCUCAAAAUGUUCCGGAGUUAUCCGACAUACUGUAUAAUAAGAAAAAUCCAGUCUCCUCUGAAGACUGUCGUUGGAAAUAUGACCAUCCUGAAGUGGCCCAAUACACGGGGAAAGUGCCCGGGUUGGAUUUGUUCGACGCUCAGUUCUUCAAAGUGCACUAUCGUCUUGGAAACAACAUGGAUUCGAUGUCCAGGAAACUUCUGGAACAGUCAUUUCAAGCUAUUUAUGAUGCAGGUGUGAAUUCGGAUCAGCUUAGUGGCAAAAAGGUCGGCGUGUAUAUAGGAUCAUGCUUUUCAGAGACAGAAAAAUCUGCUUUCUACAUUGUUUCUACGAAAACUGGUUUUGGUAUUAUGGGAUGUAGUAAAAGUAUGUUCGCCAAUCGUGUAUCCUAUUGGUUGAACGCAAAAGGUCCAUCUAUGGCCAUAGACCAGUCCUGUUGUAGUUCUAUAGUUGCUUUGGAAUUAGCGUAUCAGGCCAUGAAUAGAGGAGAUGUUGAUGCUGCUCUUAUUGGAGGGGCUAGCUUGUGCUUGCUUCCACAGUCUUCUGUUCAUAUGAGAAGAGUGAUGUUGAUCAAUCGUGACGGUAAAACGAGAUCGUUUGAUAAGAACGCGUGUGGUUGCGCUAAAUCUGAAGCUAUCAAUGUGUUGUUCUUGCAGAAAAAGAAGGAUGCUCGCAGAAUUUAUGCUGAAGUAGUGCACGUGAAAUCUGAGUUCAAUGGUCUAGUUGAAGGAGAAAAUGGACCGAAAUACGGUUUCUAUCGAGAUUCAGAAAGAUUGGCGAAUUUCUUGAAACAGUUCUAUAAAGAAGCUAAUGUUGCUCCUAAACAAGUGCAAUAUGUUGAAGCUGUUGGUUCUGCAACCCCAGAAGCAGAUAAAGCUGAAUUAGAAGCGAUAGAUAGAGUAUUCUGUGACAACAGAACUGAUCCUCUGUAUGUUGGAAGCGUGAUGUCCAAUAUUGGUUAUUGUGAAGCAGCGUCUGGAGUAUCUGCUAUUACCAAGGUUCUCCUCGCAUAUCAAAAAGGUCAAAUAGCCGCUAACCUCCACUGUGACAAUCCUAGAGAUGAUAUAUCAGGGCUCCAGAAGGGAGUCAUGCGCUUUGUGAAUGAUCACCAAGCGUUCGGUCGAGGAUAUACUGCUAUUAACAAUCUAUCUGUUACUGGGGUUAAUGCCCAUGUACUUCUGUAUGGACAUUAUAAGCCGAAGGAUAUCAAUAAAUACAAGUCCAAUAUACCCCACUUGAUUACACUAUCCGGAAGGCAACAAUCAGCAGUGGAAAAGAUUAUAAAAGACUUGAAGACCAGAAACGUUGAUCCGGAAGAGAUAGCUCUAUUACACAACAUACAUCAGGAUAAAAUCAGUGGCCAUAUGGGAAGGGGAUAUGUUAUUCUGGAUACGAAUGAAAACAACAAAACGAUAACUAGAAAGGAAAGGUCGGAUUAUUUCCCGGACGUGACCCGUCCGCUGUGGUUCGUGUACAGCGGAAUGGGCUCGCAGUGGCCCGGGAUGGGAAAGCAGCUCAUGCGCAUACCUGUCUUUGAGAGGGCUAUACGACGUUGUCAUGAAGUAUUGAAGCCCAAAGGAGUAGACCUUAUCCACAUCAUUACAUCUCCAGAGAAGACAAUCUUUGAUAACAUUCUGCAUUCCUUCGUUGGGAUUGCUGCCGUUCAAAUUGGUCUCACUGAUGUACUUACUGAAUUGGGAAUUGUUCCUGAUAAAAUGAUUGGUCACAGUGUAGGCGAGUUAGGAUGCGCGUACGCAGACGGUUGUCUCACAGCGGAAGAGAUGAUUCUCUCCGCGUACAGCCGCGGGCUCGUGUCUGUACAGACACCGUUUGUCAAGGGAUCUAUGGCCGCUGUUGGAUUGGGAUAUACUGAGAUAGCCAAGCUGUGCCCCCCAGAAAUAGAAAUAGCGUGUCACAACAGUUCUGAAUCUGCAACAAUCUCUGGUCCAGCGGAUAUUAUGAAGGAGUUCGUUGAAUCUUUGACUGCGACGGGCAUAUUUGCCAAAGAAGUGCCUUCUUCUAAUAUCGCUUAUCAUUCUAGAUAUAUUGCCGAAGCAGGUCCUGGUCUCCUAAAAUACUUAAAGGAAGUAAUAAAGAAUCCAUUACCUCGCUCUGAGCGUUGGAUCUGCACCUCGAUCCCACAGGACAAGUGGAAUGAACCCCUCGCUAAGUACUCUUCUGCUGAAUAUCACACUAAUAACUUACUAAACCCAGUGCUAUUCGAAGAAGCCUCAGCCCACAUCCCAGCAGACGCAGUGCUGGUGGAGCUGGCCCCGCACGGGCUGCUGCAGGCGAUCCUCAAGCGAGCCUUGCCCGAUACUUGCGCUAACAUUCCGCUCACAAGGCGGGGACAUGAUGAUAACGCACGGUUCCUGCUCGAGGCUGUGGGACAGUUGUACAUGGAAGGAUAUAACCCACGAGUCCAGGCUUUGUACCCGAAAGUUGAGUUCCCUGUAUCAACUGGAACUCCAAUGUUGGGUCAUCUAGUCGAAUGGGCACAUACUGAGAAAUGGACACUUCCCCUCUACGUACAAGGUUUUAAGAAAACUGCCGCGGAAUGCAAUUUCGCUUUGUCCAUCCACGACGAUGAGCACAGCUACUUGCGAGGACACGUUGUUCAAGGCAAAAACCUAUACCCAUUUUCUGCCGCUCUCGUCGCUGUAUGGGACACAUUCGCUAUGAGUGUCGAAUUAAAGAAGAAAGGCGUCUCCGUACAGUUCAAAGAUGUCCAUCUGUUUGUCCAACCGAUAUUACAUGAUAAGCGGCAUUUGAGACUUAGCGUCUCUUUGCAUAGAGGAACUGGGGCUUUUGAGGUUGCAAGUGAAGGUAUGGUAGUAGCAACCGGACAAAUAAUUCUCAGUGAGAGGAGCGACGACAACUUCCGUUUAUUUAAACUGGUCGCUGAAAAUAAAGAUGAGAAGACGCUUUAUUCCGAAGAUAUCUAUAAAAUGUUAUACACUCGCGAUUAUAACUAUAGUGAAGAUUUCCAAUCUCUCCGAGCAAUAAACGAUACUUCCGACGAAGGAUAUAUCACUUGGAAAAAUAACUGGGUUACUUUUCUCGAUGGAUUAAUACAAUUUAAUGUUUUACGACAAACUGUUGGAGAAACCACAUACCCAGAGUAUGUAAGAAAAAUAACUAUUGAUGUUGAAAAUCAUAAAUCAGUCAGUGAAGGUUUAGAUGUGCUAGCAGUCAAUUAUUUUGAUGUGUUUAACUGUACAAGAUCUGGAGGAGUUAUAAUUGAGAAUUUAAGAUUCCGUGAAUUAUCGUUUGUAAAAAAUAACAUGUCACUGAAAUCAUUGCAGUUUCUGCCUCACUUCUCAAAAGAGCGAUCGAAUGAAAUCACUGCGCUCUAUACGUGUCUUCAAAUAAUCAAGGAAAACGUUCAUAAGGAAGAAAUAGUUAUAUCUGAGUUAGCUGAAAGUGAUACUACAGUAUCUAAAUUUAAUUAUAUUCAUCAAAUUAUGAAUGAUAUACCAAAUCUUAAGGUCAAAUAUUCCUUAAUGAAGGAAGAAAGCUUACAUGGACUUGGUAAAUUAAACGAUGUCGAUGUCUUAUUCGUUAACAAUCUAUCUUCCAAUGAUAAGUUAUGUGCUACACUUGGCAAAUGUGUGCCACAAAAUACAUUGAUUGUUAAUAAGGAAUACACCAAACUAUUGAAACCACAUCCAUCCAACCUGUUCUCUAUUGUUAGUCAUCAUGAUAUUGGAGACCAAUGCAUACAACUAAUUAAAUGGAAUCCAAAACCUGUUAAAGCUGGAACAAGUGUUUAUACAAUUGAAAAUACUUCAGAUUUGGAAAGAUUAUUCAAUACUAUAGAUAGUCUUCCGAAAGAUCAAAAGAUACUUUUGGUAUCGUCAUAUCCUCCAAUACCGACUUUAGAUGAUUUGGCAGAACAUUUGCGCAAAAAUGGCCGAAAUGUUAAUGUAAUGGUGAUAAAUGAUGAAUUUAAGGGUAAUGAAGAAUUCCCGAAGUCUGAUCUGGCCAAGCUAGUGCUGAAUAACGGUGAAUGGGGAGGCAUGUACUAUUUACCACUGAUUACUAAGGAGUUACCAAAAGCAAACAAGGACGUAAUCCUGCGAAGUAGACAAAUUGGAGAUAUAAAUUCACUUGAAUGGGUCGAUGCACCUGAACUAACUGGAUCUGGAAUUAUUGUAACGGUACAUUACGCUGGUAUAAAUGAAACAGAUGCUAAGAGAGCGUCGGGUGAAGUUUUCUAUGAAAAUGUGAAUAAAAACCAAUACGGAAUGGAUUUCAGUGGUGUUACAGAAAAUGGCACGCGUGUAAUGGGUUUGGUAAAAGGAGGAGCAACUCGCAGUCGAGUCAAAGCAAACUUGAAUCUUUUGUGGCCGGUUCCAGAGAUGUGGACUUUGGAAGACGCAGCUACUGUACCACUAGCUUACUCACUAGCGUUUUAUUGUCUUGCGAUAAAACAGAAUUUGUUACCGGGUAUGAAAGUUUUGAUCCACGGUGGUACUGGUGCUUUGGGUCAGGCAGCUAUAUCCAUAUGUCUUGCGCAUAAUUGCGAAGUAUUCACUACAGUUGGUGAUAAAGGCAAGAAGCACUUCUUGAAGAGACUGUUCCCAAAACUGAAAGAUGAUCAUAUUGGAAAUUCAAGAGACAUAUCUUUUGGAGAUAUGGUCUUAUCUGCUACUGGAGGCUAUGGGUGCGACAUAAUUCUGAACUGCGUCAAAGGUGAUCUGAAAAAUGUAAGCAUAAAAUGUUGUGCGCAUUAUGGAAUUGUUCUGGACACAGGGAUGUUGCAAAAUAACGAAGACUUCUCGUAUGGAAUGUACAACAUGACGAGGAGUAGAUCGUUUGCAGCUGUCGAUCUUUCGUCCAUCUUUAGAAAUGGAAACGAAUCGGAAAUGAAGCGCCUCCAAGUGCUGAUCAGCGAAGGCAUAGCGCGCGGCUACGUGUGCCCGCUGACGCGGCUCACGUUCGCGCCGAGCGACGCGGCGCGCGCGUUCCGCCUGCUCGCCGCCAGCCGCCACCGCGGCCGCGUGCUCAUCGACAUGAACCAGAACAUACCCAAUACAGAGACUAGUUUGUACAAUUCACCACAUUACUACCACAUUGUUAUCUCGGAUGAUGACGUGUUGGCAGUACAGCUUCUUCAACGCCUGAUUGACGGAAGCGUAAGAAAGAUACAACUGAUUUGUUCGAAGAAAUCUAACUUUAUGAUGCAUAAAAUUAAGAUUUGGAAGCAAUUAGGGAUUCAACUUGAGCUAACAAUAGAGGGCGUAUGGGACAAGAAAACUAUAUCUAAAUCUUUAGAUAGCGAUAUCAAGCAUAAAGUGGAAGGAAUUUACACAAUCAUCACGAGCGAUUAUAAUUCUACUAAUGUUGCUUCUUCCCUCAAGGAUUUGGAUUCUAAGAGUCGAUCCUAUCCUAAGUUGAGGUAUUUCGCAAUAAUCAAUGGGGAUAACACGAUUGGAGAAGAAAUAUGUUUGAUGAGACGUAAAAUGAAACUACCAGCAACAUUUAUAAAACUUCCUGCUCUUAAAAAGAUUGACAACGGUCCUUCUAUAUCAGUUAAAAACGCCAUAGAUACAAUCGAACAAGCUCUUUUGUCUGAAAGAGUUACGAUUGUAGGUCACACUCGUCCUUCAUCUAAUACAUCUUUACUUCAAGAAAUUUCUGCUAUAGCAGAUUUUAAAAUACCAGACGCUGUUGAUGAAACUUCAACCUUGUUAGAAUUACGUAUGGAGCCAGCCAAAUCUAGAACCGUGCAAGUUUACCUAAGGGAUGUGUACAAUGUAUGGUUUGAAGAAAGUAAAAUUCUUAAUUUGACGGUCCAGAAAUUACAGGAAAUCCAAGAAACAGUUUUUGAAACAGAUUUUGAAGAUCCAAAAGGCUUGGCUACGUUUUACUCCUACAUAGAUUCGGAUGAACUUCUGGCUACGACAGAGAUGACCUUCUUGCCAACUUUAACGAACAGUUCAGCUUUGCGUCACCACGAGUUCGACGCGAGCCAAGCGUUCCUGUGCACGGUGCCGGGCGUGGAGGGGAGCCACGCGCGCUUCGCCGAGCUGUGCGAGCGCCUCAAGCUGCCCGCGCUCGUGCUGCAGCCGCGCGACCGCCGCCUGCCCGCUGUGGCGAGGCGCUUCGCUGAGACCCUCAUGUCAUUGACUCAACGGAAGAACUUUUAUCUCCUUGGUUAUGAAUCUGGCGUGAUCGUUGCUUUAGAGAUGGCCGCUAUUUUAGAAAGACAUGGUUUUACUGGUGUCGUAUUUUGUCUCGGCGGUACACCAUAUGAAAUAAAAGCACAGUUUGAAGCAAAUCUGAGCCAAUAUAAGGACGAAAAAGCAUUACAAGAUGCGAUUUGCAAGCACAUGAUGAGGUUGAUAUCUGGAAACAAAACCGAGUGUUUUGAUAACGUGUUGGAAAACGCCUCAACUUGGGAAGAAAAAGUGACCACAUGCGUUCGAAGUCUUCUAGGAAAAGUGGAUCAUUCAUCUCAAUAUGUUCAAGAAUUGAUCGAAGCUGCGUAUUCCCGAAUACUUCACGUCAAGAAUUAUUCUGUUGAAGCGAAAAAACUGAAAUCGAAGCUUGUUCUACUGCGACCAAAAAUGGAUAUCACUGAUGAAUGGAAGUCGAUACUUGAAAAAGAUUCUCUGCAGAAUUAUUCUGAACAACCAGUGGAAGAAUAUGAUUUGCAAGCUCCACUUGCGUAUGCAGCUCAAGAUAUGAGAUGUGCUGGAAUUAUCAAUAGACAUCUAGAAGAUGAUAUUUUGGAAGCGUUUGAACAAAGAAAUCUUUGCGAGACAUAUUUGCUUAAUGCAGACGUUAUUACGAUACAGCAAUAAAAUAAAUGGUUUUGGUAAUUUACAAACAAAUAUCGUUUUUGUGUGUAUUGCAAUAAAGGAGCUUUUCUUGA